ACCGUUCUUAUAACGAUGCCGAAACGAGUUUACAGUGAAGAAGAUGAGGACAGUGAUUAUUGCAGGAAAAACUAAGGAAGAAUAAGUUCUGAUGUGUGUAGUAGUGGCAGUUCACCGGUGAUUAUUUCGCCGCCGCCACCAAGUAUACCGAAUGGUAAAAACGAUUCACAAGUAGACAUUGAACUACCAAUUAAUGACGAACCUCAACCAGUGCCAUCUACAUCAUAUCAAUCGGCGAUUCAACCAACUGAAAUCGCUAUGAUAUUAGAACCGACCGAAGAACUCGAACGUCCGGAAUUAGACGAGGAAAUAAUGUGUCUUCUCGGACAAACACCAUCCAAAGAAAAAAAGUUAGGUUCUGAUAUUCAAAAAGAUCUAGCCUUAAGACUAGAACAUAUUACUACAAUGGGACUGAAAAAGGAGUCCAGAAAGGAAAUAAUCGAAAAUAACCUUAUACCCUCAAAUUGUACAAAAAUCAAUGCUCCAAAAUUAAAUCCUGAGAUAAAGGCUGCUCUUUCUGAGAUAUUAAUUAAAAAGGACAAUGCAUUAGAGGCGAAACAAGUACAGAUUGCUGCGACAAUAUCCUGUUUAGGCAACGCCUUAACCAAGAUAUUUUUGUCGGAUUUUAAAGAUCAAGCUGUGAUUAAGUCAUUGAUUGAAGCUAGUCGGUUAUUGUGCGAUACACAACACAGAGAAUCUAUGACUAGGCGUAGUUUUAUUUGUUCUUCAAUAAAAAAGGAUUUUAAGGAACAGCUGUACAAUACAGAGGUAGAUAGUUUUCUGUUUGGAGAGAAAUUAGCCGACACGCUCAAAGCAGCAAAAGCUAUUUCAAAAUCAGGAGCGGAAAUCAAGGUCACUAUGAAGAAAACUGUUGUGCCACAAAAAGCAAGCCAGGUUCCUGCUCAAAUUUUAAACCAGAAGCCUCCACUCCCGCCAACCCGGCGGACGGGAGUAGCGAGGAGGGCAGAGCCGGCAGCGGCGCCAGCGCCGCGCUCGCGCCAGCAGCAGCCACUGCGACACUCUACGCGCUCACAGCGGCACCAUGCACUGCGCCACUAA